UAUCUUCGAACCACCCCGAGCCAUCUCGCGCGAGCAUUGCGCGAAGUUCUCGGCCCAUGGCCUCGCCGACUCGAGCGCCAAUCUUUUCCAUUCAUUCGUUUUUCUCCCAAGGCACGGAGUGGCAGCAACCGUACGACCGGCGUCACUAACGUCCACCCAGUCCGGAAGGUAGUGGCGAAAUCGACGGUGUCCAAAUGAUCUUCACUAGCUGAAAAAGUCAUUUAAGUGUGUGUGUGUGUGUGUUUUGUUUAGUGCCAAUUUGAAUCAAGAGAGCGUCAUUUCAGUUGAGUGUAUUUUAUUUAUGUUAGUGUGCAUGCCACGUGAUUGUAACAUAUUGCCACAAACCUGGGCUAUGAGAACCGGGGAACGAUCGUUACGGGUUGGAAAGAAAAUUUGUGCAAAGACAAGUGUGUGAGAAAAGGCUGCAAACGUAGAAAAGUGCCAACAAUGGAAGCAAUCACACGUAAGCUACCUCCGAACCCGCGACAGAAUGCCGGCAUCGUUUCUACGCUUACCUUCUGGUGGACGAUCGAUCUGUUCCGGAAAGGGUACAGCAAGGUGUUGGAGCUGCCGGAUCUCUUCCGCCCGCUCGAUGUGGAUCGUUCCGAUGUGCUUGGUGAUCGGUUGGAAAAAAAAUGGUACGAACAGCAGGCCGGACCUGGUCGGCCAUCGCUCGUGAAGGCAAUCUUCAAAACGUUUUGGCGCGAGUACGGUGUGCUCGGGUUCAUCACGAUCAUCAACGACAUUGUCAUCCGGCUAGCACAGCCCAUCUUUCUCGGCUGGUUACUGCUUUACUUCCGGAAAGACUCGGAAGUGACCCGCGAAAGUGCGUUCAUGUAUGCCGGCGCGAUCGUGCUGCUGAACGCGCUCAGCGUCAUCACGAUCAAUCAGUACGUGCUGGGCAGCUUCCAGAAUGGGAUGAAAGUUCGGAUAGCGGUGUGCAGUGUGAUCUACCGCAAAGCACUGCGUCUAUCGCGCACCGCCCUCGGUGAUACUGCCCCCGGCAAGGUGGUCAAUCUGCUGUCGAACGAUGUGAACCGGUUCGAUAUCGUGUCGGUGUUCUUGCAUUCCAUGUGGUCCGCGCCGCUGUUGGCGAUCGUGAUCGGCAUACUGCUGUACGUCGAGAUCGGGGUGGCCGGCCUGAUCGGCAUGGUGGUGAUCUUCAUCGUGACGCCCAUCCAAUCGUACACGGGCAAGCUGACGUCGCGCUUCCGGCUGCAGACCGCGCUGCGUACCGACGAACGCAUCCGGCUGAUGGACGAGAUCAUUUCGGGCAUUCAGGUGAUCAAGAUGUACGCCUGGGAGCGACCGUUUGCGAAGCUGAUCCGGCACGCGCGCCAGAUGGAGCUGAAGAUCGUACGCAAGAGUGCGUACGUGCGGGGUCUCUACAUGACGUUCUUGCUGUUCACCACCCGAACCGCCCUGUUCUGCACGAUGAUGGCGAUGGCACUGCUCGGCGACGAGCUGACGGCGGCCCGAGUGUUCGUGGUCGCGACGUACUUCGGCAUUCUGGCCAACACGAUGUCGGCCAUGUUUGUGCGUGGUAUUGCGGAAAUUGCUGAAGCGAUGGUGGCAAUGCGCCGGUUGCAGCGCUUCCUGGAGUUUGAGGAACGGGCGGUGGACGCACUGCCCGACAGCAAAAGCCGGCUGCUGGCAGAGUUUGGACUGAAUGGUGAUGCGACCGAGAAGCAGCGAUUGAUCGAAUCCGAAACUCAGCUGCCGCCGACGAUCGCCGUGUCGAUGAAGGGCGUGACCGCUCGGUGGGGUGCUGUCCGCAAGCAGGAGGACUUUCCACGCAAGGGCGAAAAACAACACAACGGUGGAGUGAAAGCGAUCGCGGACGAAACCGACGAGACGCCUCCGACAACGCUCGCGAACCUGAACAUUGACUUCCGGAAGGGUCUGCUCGUCGGAGUGAUUGGACCGGUGGGGGCGGGGAAAUCUUCACUGCUGCAGGCGAUCUUGCGCGAGCUGCCGUUGGAAGCGGGCUGCGUGGUAACGCAGGGCAAGUUUGCGUACGUGAGCCAGGAACCGUGGGUGUUUUCCGGCACGGUGCGCCAGAAUAUUCUGUUCGGUCAACCGAUGGAGAAGGAACGCUACGACUCGGUGGUGCGAGCUUGUGCGCUCGUUACGGACUUUGAGCAGCUUCCGGACGGGGAUCGCACGAUGAUUGGUGAGCGUGGAGCAGCACUUUCCGGAGGACAAAAAGCGCGCAUUAGCUUGGCUCGGGCCGUGUACCGCCGGGCGGACGUGUUUCUGCUGGAUGAUCCGCUCAGUGCGGUAGAUGCGCACGUCGGUCGCCAUCUGUUCGAUCUGUGCAUCGGUCCGCAGGGCCGGCUCGGUUCGCUGCGGACGACGCGCAUACUGGUCACGCAUCAGGUGCACUUCCUGAAGGAGGCUGACUGGGUGGUGGUGCUGAACGAGGGCCAGGUGCAGGCACAGGGCACUCCGCACGAUCUGUCCCAGCGUGGGAUCGAUUUCGUGGAGCUGGUGGAGCGUAAAGGAGAGGACGGCAGUGAGCACGAUGGGCCCGGAGGUGGUGAUGCGGAUGGUAGCGUGUCUGUUGGUGGUGAUAAGCGCAGCCGGAGGGAUUCGCGUGCCUCGGCCCGAUCGGCCGGAUCGUCUACGCACGGCGACCUGACGGAUGAGGAGCUGAAACGGGAAGAGCGUGAGCUGGCGGCCGAUGCACCGGUCCAGAGCAAUAUGGAGGGAACUUCACGCGGGAAGGUGCAAGGCUCGCUGCUGCUGAGCUACCUUGGCAGUGGUGCGAAUGGGCUGGUGAUGUGCGGCUUGCUGGCCCUGUUCCUAGCGACCCAACUGGCGGCCAGUGGGGCCGACUAUUGGGUGGCCUUUUGGACAUCGCAAGAAGAACAGCGCCUUUUCCGAGCGGCUCAUCCGGUGAACUUCACAGGGAACGGUACGGAUGCAUCCGGAGAGAAACUUCGCCCAUUGCUCAGUACGGAAACCUGCAUGGCCAUCCACGGAGCAUUGGUGGGAAGCAUCUUCCUCAUCGCCAUUAGCAGAUCGAUCAGCUUCUAUCAGACGUCGGUGCGCGCGUCGCAAAACCUGCACGACUCCAUGUUUGCCGGUUGCGUAUCGACCACGAUGCGUUUCUACGACACUAACCCGUCCGGCCGGAUCCUGAACCGUUUCUCCAAGGACAUGGGCUCGGUCGACGAGCUGCUGCCGAAGGCGAUGCUGGACGCUUCCCAGAUCAUCCUCAGCCUUUGCGGCACGCUUGUCGUCACGGUGAUCGUUAAUCCGCUCUUCCUCGUGCCGCUGGCCGUGCUCGGUGUCGUCUUCUGGUUCGUGCGCCGCAUCUACCUCAAAACAUCGAAAAACAUCAAACGGCUGGAGGGUAUUACGCGAUCGCCCGUCUUCUCGCACCUGUCGGCCUCCCUGGCGGGGUUGCCAACGAUUCGUGCCUUUGGCGCGCAGAAAGAACUGAUCCGAGAGUUCGAUGCGCAUCAGGACAUCCACACCGCCUCCUUCUACAUGUUCAUCACGGCCAGCACAGCGUUCGGGUUCGCGCUCGAUCUGCUCUGUCUGAUAUUUGUGUUUAUCGUCGUGUUUAGCUUUCUGCUGCUCGAGCAGGACACUUUCGGCGAUCGGGUCGGGUUGGCCAUUACGCAGGCGAUGGCCCUUACCGGCAUGAUGCAGUGGGGCAUUCGGCAGAGCGCCGAGGUCGCGAACUUUAUGAUGUCCGUGGAGCGGUUGCUCGAGUAUCGUGAUCUCGCACCGGAACGGCAACCGGAGCGGCCGCGGGCACUCAAUGCGAGCUGGCCGGAAGAGGGUCGGAUCGAUUUCAAGCACGUUACGUACCGUUACUUCGAGGGUGCGCCAGCGGUGCUGCGUGAUCUGUCGUUCGAGAUUAGACCGCGCGAGAAGGUCGGUAUCGUGGGACGAACCGGCGCUGGCAAGUCGUCCCUGAUCGGUGCCCUCUUUCGGUUGGCACAGAUCGAGGGUGAGAUUCUGCUGGACGGUAUCGAUACGGCGGACAUCACGCUGGAAAGCCUCCGGUCGAAGGUGUCCAUUAUUCCGCAAGAUCCGGUACUGUUUUCCGGUACGCUGCGCCGCAACCUGGACCCGUUCGAGGACUACCCGGAUGUGGAGCUGUGGGGUGCGCUGGAGCAGGUCGAGCUGAAGGAGCUCGCCAACACACCGGCCGGUCUGCAGAUGGCGGUAGCUGCCGGGGGGUCCAACUUUAGCGUUGGCCAGCGUCAACUGAUUUGCUUGGCGCGUGCUAUUCUGCGCAACAAUCGUAUUCUGGUGCUGGAUGAGGCUACCGCCAACGUUGAUCCAACGACGGAUCGCUUGAUCCAAGACACGAUACGGCACAAGUUUGCUGACUGUACCGUGCUGACGAUCGCCCAUCGGCUCAACACGAUCAUGGACUCGGACCGGGUGCUGGUGAUGGAUGCUGGCCAGGCCGUGGAACUGGGCACGCCGUUCGAGCUGCUCCAGCUACCGAUCAGCAUCUUCCGCGAUAUGGUGCUCGCCACGGGGCCGGCCGAAUCGGAACGUUUGCAGCAGAUCGCACGGCUGAAGCACGAACAGCAAACGGGCCGCGCAAGUUCGGCCGUGAUCACCACCUUGGGCGAGCGGGAGUAGUACUAAAAAGUGUCCUUAAGUGUAGAUGGUAGAUGUGCGAGGAGCGUGGAACGUGAAUCUCGUGCGUCACCCACGGCGGAAGACGCCGUGUCAGGCUGCUGUCCCCCUGCGACUGCUAUCCCUCCCUCCGUUCGUUACAUCCAGCAGCGUCCUUUUAUAUUAUUGUUGUUUAACGUUUAGUACGAUGUAAACGUAGGCGGAUAAGAUACGAAGGGCCGCCAAACGGUAUCCACUGCUUCCUUUACCAAGCGGACUAGCCAAUUAAGUAGACGAAAGUAACAAAACCGAACAAAAGUAGUGCUGCGUAGCGUUGGAUUGGAUGUGUCCAAACAGAUACAUUUUGUUUUUAACCGUAUAACAAAAAAUAUAGCGCGAUAAGCGGAAGAGAUAUUA